AUGACCUCCCCUUCGCAUGCAUCAUACGCCACAGCCUCCCCUUCCCACCCAUCAUAUGCCGCAGCCUCCCCUUCCCACACAUCAUACGCCACACCCUCUCCUUGCCCUUAUGACAGGCCGGUUGGACAUGGCCUCUACUGCAACCGGAGCCCACCUGUGAUCAGGGAGCCAUAUGUUUACCCAGCUGAGGAGGUAGCAAGUGUCAACGUCGGCAUUCCCAUGCCAUACUCCACCCCACCCAUGAGCUACCCUGCCCCCUAUGGCGGUUAUGGCAAUGGGAUGGCAGCUUACACCAAUGGAAUGGCUCCUGCCUUCCACCAGGCUUACUACCGGUAG